AUGAUACCGCAAAGCUCCUCGCGCAAGAGAGCCGCCCCGGGUGCCGUCCCAAUCCCCCAUCAACAAUCUCCGCAAACACACAACUAUCCUACUCCCGACACACACCUCUCAAACGACCAGUUCAUGCAGUGGGGACAAGCGAAUGCAGCGCUUUCGAAUUCCGCCGGAAACGUGAACGUCGAUUCAUUCCAAUCGGCCACCCAUCCCGGAGUAGACACAACGGUGCUGCAAGCACCAAAUCAGCUGGCGCGGAGGGCAGCCAACCAGCUCAUCAACAGACCGAGGAGCAACGAGCCUAGCCUGAUUCCUUUGAUGGAACAGCCUGCGGUGACUCCGCAGGAUGAUGUUGACCCUGCGACCGGAGUGACAGAGGAACAGUUGGAGCGUAGGGCACUUGCUGCAAAGAAAGAUGCACAGGCGAAGCGAAAGCAAAUACCUCCCUUUAUACAGAAACUAAGCAGUUUUCUUGAUGAGUCCAAAAAUACCGACUUAAUUAGAUGGUCAGAAGACGGCCGAUCAUUCAUCGUCUUAGAUGAAGACCAAUUUGCGAGAACCUUAAUUCCUGAGCUCUUUAAGCAUAGUAACUAUGCAUCCUUUGUCAGGCAACUCAAUAUGUACGGCUUUCAUAAGAAGGUUGGUCUGUCUGAUAAUUCAAUGCGAGCGAGCGAGAGGAAAAAUAAAAGCCCAAGUGAAUAUUCAAACCCGUAUUUCAGACGAGGCCACCCGGAUCUGUUAUGGCUGAUUCAAAAACCGAAAAAUAUUUCUCAAUCCAAAAACGGCAAAGGAGGUUCGCGCCCGAAAGCCGAAGGGGACGAGGAUAUUGAAACUGAGGAUUACGUUGAGGAUGGAGGCGGUGGUGCCCGGGAAGACCGGAGCAAGUUCCGAGGCCAGUUGUCUAUCACUCCUGGAGAAGCAACAUUAGCAAAGGACCAGUUCAACAAUCUCUAUCGGGAACUGCAAAAUAUUCGUCAUCAGCAGCAAAUCAUCUCGACCACAAUCAGUAAGCUGCGCCGGGAACACGAGCAGCUUUAUGACCAAGCCAUCAAUUUCCAGGAACAGCAUAAUCGCCAUGAAAACUCGAUCAAUGCAAUACUGACAUUCUUGGCUACCGUAUACAACAGAAGCCUGCAAGGCCACGACGGUCCUCAGGGCUUAAUUAACUCUUUUGCCGGGGCAAUGCCACAGGAUCCAAACCAAGGAAAUAUAAUCGACGUUGGCGACUUCAUAGGAAACGUGGAACCCAAUGUAAACCCUGCACAACGCCCACUGAAAAAGCAGCCUCUGCUGCUUAAGGCCCCUCCUGCGGCUAGCGGCGAGAGUCCUGGCCGAGCAAAUACAUUAUCGCCUUCAGCAAACAAUCAAUACAAUAUUCAGCCAAACAAAAACGAUAGCCAGCAUCACCGGGCUGCUAGUGCGCAAUCCGGCAGUGUAGAAGAAUUAUUUGAAAGCACGAGCCCUCAAACCACAAAUCAACCCCAGCAACAGUAUACCCCGAUGUCUCAUUCUCGCAACCAGAGCCAGUCCUCGACUCGAUACCCUCCCCAGCGCGAUAUCAUGUCUCUCAUUCAAAACUCCAAUGCUCAAAACAGCAUUCAGCCCGGCAUGCCCGACUUUCCUACCGUUCUCUCGUCCCUCGAGAAUUCCGGAGGCAAUGCACCACUCACCGCUUCUCAACGUGCAGACAUGCUGCGGCUAAUCGCCAAUGAAAGCCAUGCCUCUGACCCUUCUACCCUAUCCUCCUCAAACAAUGCCCUCAUUACUCCCACUCCUCCCCCCAUGCCCCUUAACUACCCUUCUCAACUCGCGGACACCCGCGCCCACAUUGACCAUCUUGUCAAAAUGCAAGCUGAACAAGAUCGGUCUGUACAAAACCUUACCAACAUGCUCCAGCCGCUUAGUCCAACAGGACUAAUCCCUGGUCUUGAACCCGAUAACCCCAGCAACGUCCCCCCUCCAGCUCUCGAUCUAGACCAGAUAUUCAACAGUGGGGAUUACUUUACCGAGUACGCCGGACUUGGUACUAACAACAAUACCGACGGAUCCACGUCUAUGUAUGGAACUAAUUUGGGCGUGCAGGAACAUGCUCCGAGUGUCCAUAGCAACGCCGGCUCAGAUGCCGCCCUAGAACCGCAUCCGAAUGACCUGUUUGAUUUUAAUAAACUUCAUAGCGACCCCGUUGGUGAUCUCUUUUCAGACGUCAACACCGAUUCCAAACAACCAGCCAGCUUUUUUGAUGAGUACGGAAACCCUCAACGCGGGGCAGUCGGCGAUGACAAUGUUUCCGGGCAGGGUGGAAAUCGCAUUACAGAGUCGUUCACCAGCAGCGGGGCAACGAGCCCUGCUACGACCAGUAUUGAUGAGAAUCUACAGAGCCUAGAUAAUUACAAUGGCACGUCUGGGAGGGUUAAAAGACGCAAGGGUUGCUGA